GAGCAGUAGAUAAGAGCAAAAGUCACAAAACAUGAGCUGAAAUGCUCAUCCCGUUUUUCCAGCAGGCAGCAGCAGAAAACAUCCCUUUCCCGGAGAUUGAACCGUUGGAUCGUCGUGAUUUUUGGACAGCAGCUUCACAGCAUCUGAGCCAACAUUCUGGACGGUGGAGAUCGGGUUUUGAGGUCCGGAGGUCGGGUUUCGUUGGUCUGGACAGUAGCUAUUUUUCUGGUGAUAUUUUUCUUAUCUUGGCUCUAUUUGAUUCCAUACACCUUGAUGUGCUUACUUCCAAGGAUAUGAUGAAUGUGUAUGCCUCUAGUAUUAUCUAGAGAAGACUUUGUACUGCUCCUUUGAUGAUGAUAGUGGAUUUAAGUGGCCAAAAUGGUCCCGUGGUUUUUCCCUAGUUAACGGGUUUUCCACGCUAAAAUUCCGGUGUUUGUGUGUGGUGUGUGCUUACUGUUUUUAGCUGAAUAUAUUGGUGUGUGGCAGCAACUUGUGUGUGUUCUAAUUGCAUUAAGAACACCCUAUUUGUUUGCAUCCUCAAAGAUUCAUUCAAGUUGGGGAAAGUUUAGCCAAACGGAGAUUAAUUCCGCAUUUUAUUAGUUCCGUUUGUGGCUGUUUUUCCCAUCACGAAAGUAGCGUAUAUAGAAUAUCGAUGUAAAUUUACAAGAAAGAGUAGGAAGCAAAACCUGGUCUUUUUUGUUCGGAUGAAUAAUGAAGCCAUAAACACAAUAGAAUUCAAUUGGUGGUAGAAUAUUAAGCAAACCUCCAAACUCGGUUUUUGACCAUUUUUGGGUUUUCACUUAACCAGACUAGGUUUUGGUCCGAAUCACCAGGUUCCAUGUCAGUUUUUUAAGCAUAGGUAUUUAGUAAAAAAUUGAUUGAUAAGAUUAAGAAAUCGAAAAUUUAAGUAAAAGGUUGAAAAAUAAUUUCUGACUAUUUGCAAACACUCUCUAACUUCGUUUUAUGUACUUUGUUGAUUGCAAUUCAUUCGACUUCUCAUGAUUAGCUAAUUGUUUCACUUUACUCAUAUUAGACUAUUCAACUAUUCACAUUUGAAUUUUUCAGUUUUUUUUGGCAUUUUUCGUUAAUUUCGUUCUUCAACUUUUUUAUCAAUAGAUUUCAGAUCUGAAUAGGAAAUUCCAAGAGUUUUUUUUAUUUAAAACAAAAUUGUUUUGUGCCCAUACACAUCAUAAUCUUAGGACGUUUUGUAAUGGUGCUCAUUAUCUGAAUGUUCAAUCUUAAACCAAACAUGGGUUCAUAAUAUCCUGGAGCAUAAAAGAUCAAAUGCAAUUUGAUCUAUCUUGAUUGUUGUGUGAAAUUGUGUUUCUGAAUUCAUUCGUUAUUUGGUUUAUUGAUCAAAUAUAGUCUCUUAUGGUCGACACUAGUAUGUCAAGUUUCUUGGCUCCUGUGACCAUUUUUUUAGAGAACUUUCCCCUUUGACAUUGGAUAUCAACUUCCCUUAUACAUGAAAACCCCUAGAUAUUUUCUAGAAACGGGUGGAUAUUAGGUUUCACCUUAUAGGUCAACAUAAUAGGAAAAAUAACUCGUGAUCUUAAUAUAACAUUUUUUUAUACUCUACCGGUGUAGGACUUCAAUACCCCUACUCACGAGUCACGAUCUGAUAUUUUGUCUAAAUGAUACAAUUAUUAAAAAAUGACAAUGAUGAACCAAUGUAAUUUUAACUUUAUUUAAAAAUAAAUAUUUAAUUAUUAAGUUGACACAAAUGUUAACAUGUCAAGUACUAACAAUAAUCCUAUCCUAUAUACCUAAUGGGAGAAUCCCUCCCCAAAUCUUUUCCUGCUUCUUUCACCAGAUUUACUCCGUAUUUACUACCUUUUUCCGUUCUUCUCCGAUUACUCCCCAACAACCAGGCUUGAGGUACACAUUUUUGUACACACACUUACACACUCGUAUCUGUGGAGUGUUUUGUUUUGUCUGUAUACAGACACAACUUAUUUCACAGACACUUCAAAUGUGUUGUGUCUGUAUACAGACAAAAAAACACUUCACAGACAUAAUUGUGGAAGUGUGUACAAAAAAUGUGUAACAAUAGUUUUUUGAAGUAUACACCAACCAAAGGACAUAACUCUGCAAUUAUCCUUUGCAAUGAACGAUUCCUUCCGUUUUUUUGCAGCCAGCCACAAUUCAACAGACUUAACUCAGUAAUUUUCCUUUGCAAUCAACGAUUCCUCCCAUCUUUCUUUCUACAUCCAGCGCAGUGGACUCCAUCGUGCUUUGGCAAAUUGGUCUUCAAAAGGUAUUUCAGUUUCAGUUUCUCUUCCACUCUAUCCCACAUCUGGAUUUUAACCUUAUAAUCAGCAAACCCUUCUCUCAUCUGCGCUUUUCCUCCCGAUAAAAGCUUCAGCUUGAAUAACAGUUUCAUCUCAUGGGUUUGGUAAGGAGAUUGUAGAUGAAGGCUUGGACUUUAAGGAGAUUGCAUAUGUAUUGUUUGAUAAAAUGCUUAGAUGGAGAAAAUAAAUUGGGAACUUUCUGUGUGAUAAGGAAUAUCUUUCCACCCAUUUGAGAUUCUUCUACACCGUGACAUCCCAAGAUGAUGAUAUUUCCUCACCCCUAGAAUUGGUCUCAUGCACCUCUUAUGGUGGAAAGAAGUUCACAAUAGCCUUUUAAACAACAAAUUAAUUGAGCAUCUAGUAGCCCAGACACUUCCAUGACACUUCCAUAUGUUGAUAUUUCUCAAAACCAAUUGCUGAUGGCCCGAUUCGCAACUGCAAUCGUUAUUAUCUCUGCCCACCGGAAUUGAUGGCUAGAAUAUCCCUGAACUCAACUAGCUUCAUCCGCUGCCACAAUCAGACCGUUCGCCCAAGACAUCUUGGCAGUAAAUCAAUUAACGAAAAGUGCAAAGGCUGGAACAAUUUUCACCAUGGACUUGUCAUUUAAAGCUAGAGAUGGCAAUUUCGGCCGAGCCGUUGGAUACCCGCACUGAAUCGAUUUGGUCAAAAUGGGGGAAACCGGUUUGACUGGGGAACAGGAGCAUGACGACCCAAUUGUGAUUAGGAGAGUCAAUCUCAUGUAUCAACUCCUUGGAUGAGGAUGAAGAAAUUUAGCAUGGAGCUCUUCCCAUUUUACAAGGUUUUUGAGUGUGGUUCUCUUGUAAAGCCCUGGCCUUUGCAAAUCGGAGGAUCUAAUACACAACCAGCAGGUAAUCAACGACUUAAGAGCAGUCUAGUAGAAAUCUCAGUGACUACUCCUGCCACACCGUAUAAGAAAUCAUUUUGUGAAUGGCUAGCUGGAAUUAUUGAUGGCAGUGGAAGUCUUCAGGUGCUUAAGAAAGGAAAAACAUCUCUUGAAAUUACUAUGGGACUUGAAGAUGUAGCACUACUACGACAUGUCCAACAUACGCUUGGUGGAAGUAUUAAAAUGCGGUCCGGUGCUAAAUCUUAUCGCUAUAGAUUAAUUCAUCACCUUGGCAUGAUUAAAUUAAUGAAUUGUAUUAAUGGCCAUAUUCGUAAAUCUGCACGACUAGCACAGCUGCAUCGUAUCUGUCAAGAGCAUGAGAUUCCUGUAAUUGUGCCCAUCACAUUAGAUGCUCAAUCAAAUUGGUUUGGAGGAUUCUUUGAUACUAAUGGUAGCAUUGACAUUAUUAUGAAGAAUGAGUUGCCCCAGCUCAGUAUUCGAGUAACUAGCAAACUGUUGCAAGACGUGGAGCCUUACAAGGCCAUUUUUGGUGGAGAUGUGUACUUUGAUAGUGGUCGAAAUGGUUUCUAUGAAUGGUCUGUGCAGAGUCCUGAAGACGUUUUAUCAUUUUUUGGUUACUUCAAAACAAGUACUUUGAGAAGUCAGAAAUCAAGACGAUUCUUUCUAAUAGAUGAAUAUUAUCAUCUCUAUGAUCUCAAAGCAUUUGAACCUUCCAGUAUGAACCAUAAGGCAUGGUUAGCUUUCCUAAAGAAAUGGAACAACUUGGUGUUCUAGGUUUUGAUAAUGAGAUUGUUCUUUACACUGAAGAGUUUAUUGGACUUUUGAGGAGUGAUUCUGUAUAUGAUUUCUGUGAUGCUAUUUCACGGAUACAUGCAAGCAGUGUCAAGUACAUAUGCAGGUUAUAAUCUGGGAAUAUGUGACAUCCGAAUUGAGAGCAUUAAACCUUACUGUGUUUGUGUUGGCAAUAUCCUGAAGUCUGCUCUCAAUUGAUCUACUCCUCAAGCAUCUGCAAUGUCCUGUUUGCUUGAAAACGGGAGCUUGCGGUGUUUGAUUUGCAGUUUUACAAGAGGGCAGGCCAAACACUAUUUCUGCAAUGGAAGGCUAUUUUGCUUAUCUGCUGUUUAUGAUAACUGUAAGUUUUGGGAACUUUGGGUCAGAAACAUUGGAAUAUGCCAGAAAGAGUUGCUUUUGUCAUCGUGUUCUUGGGUUGGGGAUAUCUCUGGGUCGUACAUAUAUCAGCUCAUAUCUUAUGUGUUGGGCUGAGUUGGACAUUGUCGGGGUAAUGUCCCUAUAUGUAAUUAAAUAAAUAAAUAAAUAAAUAAAUAAAUAAAUGUGUGCAUAUAUUAAAAUUAAUUUGGACAUUUCAUACUUAAUAUUAGUUGGUUCCAUCUUAAAAUUAUUGCUUCUACAGAGGUGAUGGAUUCUCAGUCUGGUUCGAGGGUGAACGGCAGACAUAAGGCUUUUUAUCAUUUUGUUUACUUCUCUUUCUUUGAUUGUAUUAUCAGCCAUGUGACGAACGUUAUUUUGAUUUAAUAUAUUAGUUGGAUUUGAUGAUAAAA